AUGGCUGAAAUAGGCGACGUUAUCGAUGGUCGAGAGAUCCAAGUUUUGGAAACAGCUGAAGAUAUUCAAGCACGACGUGAACAAGUUCUCACUCGUUUUGCUCAUUUCAAGGAAGCUGCUAAAUAUCGUCGUGAUAAGCUUGAAGAUUCACGCGAAUAUCAGUACUUCAAACGUGAUGCUGACGAAUUGGAAAUGUGGAUUAAUGAAAAAAUACAAAUCUGUUCGCAUGAUGAUACAUAUCGUGAUUCAACUAGCGUUCAAGCGAAAAUUCAAAAACAUGAAGCGUUUGAAGAAGAAGUCGCAGCGCAUCAUAAUGCUGUUGUUCGACUCGAUGAAGAAGGUGCAUUUAAGAUAAGUCGAGGACAUUUCGCCUCUACUGCUAUUCAAGCUCGGCUUGAUGAAAUUCAUCGUCUAUGGCAAUUACUUUUAAAACGCUUACAAGAAAAAUCGGCUCGUUUACAAUUGGCACGCAAAUUAGAACAAUUCUUUCGAGAUUGCGAUGAAUUUAUCUUUUGGAUGCGUGAUAAGGAAUCAUUCGUUUUAUCCGAAGAUUUUGGCAAAGAUCUUCAAAGUGUUCAAAAUCUUCAACGUAAACACGAUAGUGUCGAACGCGACAUAUCUGUUGUACAAGAAAAGGUCGAAAACUUACGCAAAGAAGGUGCACGUAUCCAACAAGACGUACCCGAAGGUGCUGAUCAAAUCGAGAAGCGCUUAGCUGAUAUGAUACAAGCUUGGGAUGAUUUACGUACAAAAUCUGAUGAGCGCAAAACAGUUCUUAAUGAAUCCUUUCGUUUACAUCACUUUCUAUCCGAAUUUCGCGAUUUAAUGUCAUGGGCAUUGGACAUGGAAGCUCACUUAUCAUCGGAUGAAUUAGCAAAGGAUGUCUCGGGCGCUGAGGCAUUAGUCGAACGUCAUUCGGAAUUUAAAGGCGAAAUCGAUGCACGUAAAGAUAGUUUUGCAAAUGUUCAACGUAUUGGCAACAAUCUAAUUCAACAAGAUCAUUAUGCAAAGAACGACAUCGAAUUGAAAUUGCAAGAAUUACUAGGUCAACAGGCUAAACUCGAUCAGUUAUGGUCACAACGUUUGAUGCUAUUGCAAGAUUGUAUGCAUUUACAACUCUUCUUACGAGAUAUCGAUCAAGCAUUAACAUGGAUACAAAAACAGGAUCAAUACUUGGUACAAAACAGUAAUGAUAUCGAUUCGUGUCAAACAUUAGAUGAUUGCGAAGGUUUGAUUAAAAAAUAUGAUGAUUUUGAGAAAUUACUUCAAGCACAAGAAGAAAAAGGCAAAGCUCUCGAUGAAUUUGGUCGUGAUCUUCUUAAUGCGGGUCAUUAUAAUUCGGAUUUAAUUCAAGAAAAACUUGAUUUACUUUACCAAUCUCGUAUUAGUCUAUUAGAUAAAAUUAAUACCAAACGUCGCUUAUUGCAAAACACACUCAACUAUUACACAUUCGAGCGCGAUUGCGAUGAAUUGAAAUUAUGGGCGAAAGAAAAGCUGAAAAUGGCAUUAACACGUGAUUAUCUCGAUACGGCAAACAUCAAUAUCAAAUGUCAAAAGCAUCAGCAAUUUCUCAAUGAAUUAGCGGCUUACCAACCGAAAAUGGACACAGUUAUCUUAACUGGUCAAAAACUCAUCGAUGAACAACAUGGUCAAACACAAAAUAUCAAUCAACAUUUAACCGAAUUAGAAGAUAUUUUGAACAGACUAGUUGAAGCAGCCAAUGAGAAAUCCGAUCGAUUGAAAGAAGCAACAGAUGGUCAAACAUAUAUGCGAGCACUAGAAGAAGUUGACAUGUGGAUCAACGAUGUAGAAAAUACAUUGACAAAUGACGACUACGGCAAAGAUAUGACAUCAGUGCAAAACUUACAGAAAAAACAACAAUUAUUAGAAAAUGAAUUUUCAUUGAAGAAGGAUCGAAUUGAUCAAUUGUCAAAAGAUGCCGAACAUUUUCAACAAAUCGGCCACUUCGAUUCGAAUAAUAUUUUGAAAAAACAAAUUCAACUUGUCACACGUUUUCAAUCUUUACUUGAGCCUUUACAACACAAGAAAGAAAAAUUGAGUGCAUCAGCAGAAUUUCAACGUUUAUUGCAUAAUAUUGAAGAUGAAGAAGCAUGGAUUCGAGAAAAAGAACCAAGUAUCAUGUCGACCAAUCGAGGCCGAGAUCUAAUAGGUGUGCAAAAUCUGCUAAGAAAGCACCAAGCGUUGAUGGGAGAAUUGCAAAAUCAUGAAGCACAAGUACGAACGGUUUGCAACGAAGGAGAAGAUAUGAUUAAUCAAGGUCAUUUCGCAUCGGCAGACAUCAAGAAACAUAUUGUUAACUUACAAUCGAAAUGGCAGAAUCUGAAAGAAGUUUCUGUUCAACGCAAACACGAUUUGGAAGAUUCAUUACAAGCACAACAAUAUUUUAGUGAUGCUAAAGAAGUCGAAUCAUGGAUCCAUGAAAAAGAGCCGAUUGCUCAAUCAGCAGAUUACGGUCGCGAUGAAGAUUCAUGCAAUGCAUUGUAUAAAAAACAUCAACAAUUAUUCAACGAUAUCAAGGCGUUUGAACAAACUGAAUUAGAAGACCUUCGUCAAAAAGCACAGAAAUGUCAUCAACCAGAGAAACCACUUGUUUCCGAUGAUUUAACAGGUCAACGGCAAAAGGUUCUCAGUCUUUACGAUUAUGCCGAAAAAACACCACGAGAAAUUUCAAUGAGAAAGGGCGAUACGCUCACGUUGCUCAAUGCUUCGAACAAAGAUUGGUGGAAAGUUGAAUUAAACGAUCGACAAGGUUUCGUUCCUGCAACAUAUUUGAAGAAAAUCGAAAAAGAACCAAUCUCAAUGCACGAACAAGAACGCUUGGAUGAAUAUACAGUCAGUUCACGUCAACAACAAAUCGAAAAACAAUACGCCAAUCUCUUAACUAUUUGUCAACAACGAUUAGAAAAACUUGCUGAAGCAUCCGAUGCUUAUAAAUUAAUGCGUGAGGCUGCUGAUCUUGUUGUUUGGAUUAACGAUAAAGAACGCAUUGCAUCCGAAGAAUCACUUGGCAAAGGUCCUGAUGAUGUCGAAGAACUGCAACGUCGUUUCGAUGAAUUCCAAAAAGAAUUACGCACGAAUGAGUUGCGGCUCGUACGUUUGAAUUCGAUUGCCGAAAAACUUCUUCAGUUGGGUCGAACUGAUGCUGCACUUAAAAUUCAAAUUGAUAUUAACAAUCUCAAUCGUAAAUGGGACGAUUUGAAAAAGAAUGCCGAAGAACGUGAACAACAACUAUUGUCUGCCUAUGAAGUUCAACGUUUUACACGUGAUGCUGAAGAAGCACAAGAUUGGAUUAGCGAAAAAUUUGAACAAUUGGAUCCGGAUGAACUUGGACAAGAUUUACGCAGUGUAAAACGCUUACAGAAGAAACACGAAGCAUAUGAACGUGAUCUCAAUGCACUUGGAGACAAGAUUCGUGAAUUAGAUGAUUUAACAAAACGUUUGAUUAAUACUCAUCCCGAACAAGCCGAAGUUAUCAUUCAAAAACAACAAGUUAUUCAAAAUCAAUGGACAGAUCUUACAUCGAAAGCUGAUUUACACAAAGCUAAAUUAUUAGAUGAUUAUGAUUAUCAGAAAUUCCUAACUGAUUUCCGAGAUUUGGCCGCUGUUAUUCAAUCGAUCAUUCAACAAAUCUCCUCGGAUGAACUGGCAAAAGAUGUUCCAGGCGCUGAAGCUCUACUCGAACGUCAUCAUGAACAUCGAUCAGAAAUCGACGCACGAUCUGGAGCAUUUCAAGCAUUCGAAGAUUUUGGUAAUGACUUAAUCAAUGCAGAACAUUUCGCUAAUGAUGAUAUUAAACAACAUUUACAAAAAAUGGACGAUAUUCGACAACAGCUUGAAGCUGCUUGGAAGGAACGACAAGAUAAAUUAGAUGAAUGUCUUGAAUUACAAUUAUUCUAUCGUGACUGUGACACGGCUGAAACAUGGAUGGAAAGUCGAGAAAAGGCUUUGAAAGACGAAGCUGUGGAAGUUGUGGAAGCAGCGAUUAAACGACAUGAAGAUUUUGAUAAAGCUAUCAAAGCUCAAGAAGAUAAAAUCAAUAAUUUGAAACAAUUCGCUGGUCAAUUGAUCUCGCAAGAUCACUAUGAAAAGGCUGGCAUUGAAGAUCGUUUACAACGUGUUCUUGAUCGUUGGACACGUUUACGUCAAGCGAUGAUGGAAUAUCGUUCGCGACUUGGCGAAUCGCAAACAUUGCAAGACUUUUCUCGUGAUGCUGAAGAAAUCGAAGCAUGGAUUGCAGACAAACUUGCUGCUGCUUCUGAUGAACCCGUCAAAGAAACACAAAACUUACAGGCUAAAAAGAUUCAAAGUAAGAGUCAAAAACAUCAAGCCUUCGUUGCCGAAUUAGCUGCGAACACGGAUCGUAUCCAAUCAAUUAUUGGAAUGGGCAAAGGUUUAAUCGAUUCACGUAAAUGUGCCGGUUUGGAAUCAACUGUUGACAAUCGCCUUCAACAGAUUAUUGAACAAUGGGAAUUUCUCGUACAAAAAUCAUCAGAUAAAAGUUUAAAAUUGAAAGAAGCUUCCCGACAACAAACAUUCAACGCUGGAGUCAAAGAUGUGGAAUUCUGGCUUGGCGAAAUUGAAAAUCAAUUGGCCAAUGAUGAUGUUGGUCGAGAUUUAACAUCGGUUCAGAAUAUGUUGAAGAAACAACAAUUGCUAGAAAAUGAUAUCGCUAAUCAUGAAAGUGCUGUUGUUGAAUUAAACAAAACAGCUGACGAAUUUAUUGAAAAUAAUAUGUUUGAUGUUGAAAAUAUCAAAGAAACACGAAAUACUAUCAACGAUCGUUUUGAAAAAGUUCGUAAUCAAGCAGAUGUUCGUCGCAAACGCUUAGAAGAAGCUUCGACUGUUCAUCAAUUCAUUCGCGAUCUCGAAGAUGAAGAAGCACAAAUAAGAGAAAAGAAACUACUGGUAACAAAUGAUGAUUAUGGUCGAGAUUUCAAUCAGAGUCAAAACUUACGUCGUAAACACAAACGCUUCGAAGUUGAUCUUGCAUCACACGAACCCAAUGUACAAAAUCUUCAACAAUUAGGUUCACAGUUAACUCAAGAAGUCGGCAAUUCUGACAUCGAACGCAAAUGCAAAGAUCUAGUCAAUCACUGGGAAUCGUUAAAACAGGCUACAGAUGAUCGAACGAAGAAACUUGAUGAGUCGUUAACAUACCAUAAUUGGGCAUCAAGUUUAGAUGAAGAAAACGCUUGGAUCAAGGAACGUUUACAUAUUAUGAACAAUCCUGAUAUUGGCACAACAUUAGUGGCUGUUCAAGGUUUACAAAAGAAACAUGAAUCGUUCGAAGCCGAUUUCAUCAUACAGAAAGAACGCUGUCAAGAAAUUCUCCAACAAGGACAGAAACUAAUCGAACAAAACAACCAUUUAUCACCACAAGUUAAAGAUCGAAUGAAUUAUCUUGAAGAAGCGAUGCAGCGUUUAGAAAUCGAUGCCAGUCGACAUAAAGAACGCUUACAAGAAAAUGCUGCACUUCUUCAAUUCAUGUGGAAGGCCGAUGUCGUGGAAAGUUGGAUUGCUGAAAAACUUCAUCAACUGCGAACUGAUGAUUUGGGUCACAAUCUUUUAUCUGUGCAAAACCUUCUCACUCGUCAUGAAACAUUCGAAGCUGGAUUGAGCAAUUUCGAACAUGAAGGCAUUCGCUUAGUAACUGAUUUAAAAGAAGAACUGUUAUCGAAUAACCGCAGCAGUACUCAACAAAACGAGAAGAUUCAAGCACGUUAUGAUCUGGUUUUAAAUAAUUGGCAAAAAUUAUUACAAACCAGUGGACUACGACGAGAGAAAUUGAAGAAAGCUGAAGAUCGUUUUCGUAAUAUCGAAGAAUUAUUCUUACGAUUUGCUAAGAAAGCAUCAGCGUUUAAUUCCUGGUUUGAAAAUGCCGAGGAGGAUCUCACAGAUCCAGUGAAGUGCAAUUCGCUCGAAGAAAUACGUGCUCUAAUCGAUGCUCACGAUCGAUUUAAAACUGUUCUCGAAGAAGCUCGCUAUGAUUUCGAUGAACUCAAGGCAUCUGACGAUAGUAUUAAAUCACUAAACAUGGCUGCUAAUCCCUACACAUGGUUCACCAUGGAGACGUUAUUUGAUACAUGGAAAAGUUUAGAGAAACUCAUCCGAGAUCGUGAUAAUGAUCUGCAAUUAGAAAAGAAACGACAAGAAGAAAAUGAUAAACUAAGACAACAUUUUGCUGAAUAUGCUAAUGCUUUCCAUACAUGGUUACGUGGCAUCGAAUCAUCUAUGAUGAAUGCUGAUGGUAAUCUCGAACAACAACUGCAAACGAUCAGACAAAAAGUUGAUGAACUUCGUCAACAACGACAGAAAUUGAAGAAACUAGAAGAUCUCGCAACCGAACUUGAACGACGACUCAUACUUGACAAUCGUUACACUGAAUACUCAGCAUUGAAUCUUGCGCAAGCAUACGAUCAACUAGAUCAAUUAGGCAUGCGUAUGCAGCAUAAUCUAGAACAACAGUUAGCAGCAAUGAAACAUAGUGGUGUUAGUGAAGAUCAAGUGCGAGAAUUCUCGAUGAUGUUCAAACACUUUGAUAAAGACAAAUUGGGUCGACUUAACCAUCAAGACUUCAAAUCAUGUUUACGUGCAUUAGGAUACGAUUUACCGACUGUAGAUGACAAUCAACGUGAUGAACAAUUUGAAAGUAUUCUCGAUAUUGUUGAUCCUAACAGAUCUGGUUCAGUGGCUUUGACAGAUUACAUGACGUUCAUGGUUAGUCGAGAAACAGAAAAUGUUUCAUCGAUUGACGAUGUCGUAUUGGCAUUCAAGAGUUUGACAGAAAACUCGGAACGACAGUACAUAACACGUGACGAACUUUAUGCUAACUUGCCACCAGAGCAAGCUGAGUUCUGCUGUCGUAAGAUGAAACCAUAUCGAGAUCGUAAUGGUCGAGAAAUUAACAACGCUUAUGAUUAUGAUGAUUUUACUCGUUGGUUAUUCAAUCAACAACCACAUUCAACUUAUAGUUAUCAGACAUCAGCUAUUUCAUCACCAUCUACGUCCUGGAUUCAAACUCCAGCUCAUUAG